AGUGGAAAAUAUUCUCAAGCGUUCUUCAAGAGGAGACAGAGCAGAAGACGCCCUUCCCUCUAUAAAAGAUGGAACUGAAGAUGUCCCUCCCACUAAAAAGAAAAGUAUUAUAGAGCAGAAUCACAGUCUUCUUGAACCCACCGUAAAAGUCUGGGUUGAGGAAUUGGACUUAAAAACUGAACCACUAAAUGAAGACCCUGAAGAGUCUCAGUACCAGACGAUCUACAAUGAGAACCCUAUUGAGGUAGACGAGACAAAGAUAAAUCCCGAAGAUAAUAAUACAAGCUUUCAAGAAACUUCUGCCUUCGUCAGUUUGAAGAAAGUUCAAGAUAUUCCAGAAGAGGUUGAACAAGCGCAUCAAAAGAAGAAGAAGAAUAAAAAGUACAAAGAAGAAUCCUGGGAUAUGUCUGACAUUUUUGUUACUCCUGAGAAAAAGAAGAAAAUGAAGAGUGAAAGACCAGGUAUGGAUCAAAUUUUGUCAGAUAUUGUCACUCCUGAGAAAAAGAAGAAGAAAAAGAAGAGUGAAAGACCAGAUAUGGAUCAAAUUUUUUCAGAUAUUAUCACUCCUGAGAAAAAGAAGAAAAUGAAGAGUGAAAGACCAGAUAUGGAUCAAAUUUUAUCAGAUAUUGUCACUCCUGAGAAAAAGAAGAAGAAAAAGAAGAGUGAAAGACCUGAUAUGGAUCAAAUUUUGUCAGAUAUUGUCACUCCUGAGAAGAAGAAGAAGAAAAAGAAGAGUAAAAGACCAGAUAUGGAUCAAAUUCUGUCAGAUAUUGUUGAAUCAGAAAAGAAGAGAAAGGCUGAUAAUGAAGAUGAGGUAUCCUCAAAGAAAAAGAAGAAGUACGGUAACCAUCACGAUGUUAACAUUCUUGAGCCAGGUAGAGUAGAAAAUGAAUCUGAACCACAGCAGAUUCUGAUCAACAAUCUCCUGUCAUCCAUCUCAGAAAGUGUAUCUAGCCCGAAGAAGAAAAAGAAGGAAAGUAGACGUCAGGAUGAAAACAUGAUCGAAAAAUCUGACGUUGAAGAGACCAGCUUGAAAAACAAGGAAGAAGAACUUUCAUCCAGUCAAGUAAAAAAGAAGAAGGAGAAGAAGAAACACAAGAAAAAUGAAGAUUAAAAAAUAUUCACGAUUUCAGUUUAAAACAAAUGUUCAGAUAUCCCAAAUAAUAGUAAUUUUCAAAGUUACCUUGUUAAUAAAUGCUUGUUAUUUUUUUUUAAA